AUGGCUGCAAAUCCUCAUCCCGUUGAACGAGAGCGACAUCUCGACGGCACCUCUACUCCUGCCAACGACGAUGAUGUCCCCUGGCUCAAGAAAGACAGUCUCGUGAAGCUCUGGCUCUAUGGAACGUUAGCGCCUAAGCUAUUUUGCAGUUCAUUCAAACCAGGCGGUACAUCUCGAGACAUAUGGUUACGUGUUGAAAAUCAAUUCCGCAACAACAAGGAAGCAAGAGUCAUACAGACUGAUAACGAGCUUCGGACAUUGGAGAUCGGUGACAUGACAAUUCAAGCAUACUGUCAAAAACUCAAGUCCUUUUCCGAUCUUCUAGCAAAUCUCGAUGCCCCGGUUGCGGAUCGUACAUUAGUAAUGUACAUGCUUAAUGGUCUCAACGAUCGCUUUGACAAUGUCCUUAACGUCAUCAAGCAUCGUGAUCCAUUUCCUACAUUUGAGGCGGCUCAAUCCAUGCUGGAGAUGGAAGAAAAGUGA